AUGCCAAACAACGAAGUAGCCUCACCAUGCCAUUCAUCACGAGGGCGCAUACCAGAAGUUGACAAUGAGGACUCUUUAAUAUCACUGUUUGCGUCAUCCUUCCAAUCUUCCUCAAGUCCAGCAGCUCCUCGAACGUCGGCAUCCUUUCUCCCUGUUUCUUCUCCUAUUCCUCCAAGUCACAGCUACCAAAGUGACUUGGAUGUUCUUACUAUGGCAGGGGAUCUAACGGGAGAAGAUCCAUAUGAGAUGGAUGAUCUCUUCCAGCUCAACCAUCAUGAGGCCCUUCCUUCACAUGGGCCGAAGCAGUAA